CGGCUCAAUUUUGUUUCGCCCUCCGCCAAGUGAACAAGUCGCAUUUUCUCGGUCGUUCGAUUUAUUUUCCUUUCCGUUUCGUUUUUGUUUUUCCGUUCUUUGGGUUCUGUUUAAGUUUUUUGGUUUUCGCUGCGUUUGUGUUUCUUUUGGGGAAAAAAGCGUAUAUCUUCGGCGCAGAACCCACAUCGCGAGGCGCGUGGUUGAGUUCGUGGAUUCGGUGACAUUGAUGGAAGCCAAACAUCUGUGUCCUACUGAGAAAAAAAAACGCUCCUUUCUAAUUGUGAUAAAAAACGUCUUUGGCGUAGUUAGGAAAUUUGAUUUAUGCCACUCGUGUCAGUAAACGUGGAAGUUGUGGCAAAAUAGCAGGGAACAUUAUCAAACGUGUGAUAUAUUUACGCUUAUGUUUUUAUACUUCUAAGCGAAGUGUCACGGAGCAGGAGAAGUCAUUACUACAAACCUCCCAACCGGUGGACCGAAGUACUGUGUUACGUAAAGUUUCCACCGUUGUGAUAAAAAGCAGAAGCUAUGUGCAAUCGAGACGCGGAAAAUAGUGCAAAUAUAAUUUAGGAGAGCAGAAUAUUGCCGUCGACUAAAAAUAGGAUUAUUUAUGACUUUUGUUUGAAACUUGUUUAUUAUUGUAGAGGAGAAGUUUUUCACACCGUGGCAGAACAAUACGAGCAAAACGAACUGGGACUGCAAAUAAAAAAACGACGGGAACUAGGAUUUAUCACGCAAACGGUGUCACGCUUUCCACCACCAAGCCGAGAAGAACGAGCAGAACGAAUAUCAUCAGUAUUACUAUAUAAUAUAAGUCUUAACGAAAAAACCCAGCAAAACUGACAGUGAAAUCCAAUAAAUUUUAACUGACUGCACGGGAAGCUAGCUUCGGCGUGCACGUUUUUAUCAAACACUGAGAACCGAACCGGAACGGAUAACAGACUACGUUAGUGCUUUUACACACGCGCCCUCCCCCUUGCCAACACUUUUUACGAGUGACGACUUGCGAAGGUAGUUUCAUAGAACACAAUCACCACCCCUCCCAGCGCCGCAUCGGAAAAGAAAAAAGAAUUGUCAUGAUGACGAACGGAAUUGCGGAUAAUCAGCAGAACGGUGGCGGAGGUCAGGAGGACUCCAAGACCAAUCUCAUCGUCAAUUAUCUGCCGCAGCAAAUGACCCAGGAGGAGAUUCGCUCACUGUUCUCCAGCAUCGGGGAAGUCGAGAGCUGCAAGCUGAUUAGGGAUAAAGUUACGGGUCAAAGUUUGGGUUAUGGCUUCGUGAACUAUCUGCGAGCGGAGGAUGCGAGCAAAGCAAUCAGUACACUGAAUGGCCUAAGAUUGCAAAACAAGCAGAUUAAGGUAUCAUUUGCACGACCAAGUUCCGAAGCAAUAAAGGGAGCAAAUCUGUACGUGUCUGGGUUACCGAAGAAUAUGCUUCAGGCUGAUUUGGAGGUGUUGUUCAGCCCGUAUGGACGCAUCAUCACAUCCCGCAUACUGUGUGACAAUAUUACAGCACGCCAGUACGCUUCAGCUUCUGGAGAUUCUUCGCCCGGUCUCUCCAAAGGAGUGGGUUUCAUCCGUUUCGAUCAACGCAUGGAAGCCGAAAAGGCCAUCAAAGAACUGAACGGAACGGUACCGAAGGGAUCAAGUGAGCCGAUUACCGUCAAAUUCGCCAACAAUCCAAGCAAUACGAAGACCGUCCCAGCGCUGGCAGCCUACCUGGGGCCACAGGCAGCUCGACGCUUUCCCGGUCCAAUUCAUCAUGCGACGGGAAGAUUCAGUGCUAUUCCAAAUUACAGAUAUUCCCCACUAGCUGGGGACCUGUUGGCCAACACAAUGAUCCCAACGAAUGCCAUCGCCAACGGGUCUGGGUGGUGUAUUUUUGUUUACAACCUGGCACCGGAAACGGAAGAGAAUGUCCUGUGGCAGCUGUUUGGUCCAUUCGGAGCAGUGCAGUCCGUGAAGGUAAUCAAAGAUCUGCAGACUAACAAGUGCAAAGGAUUCGGUUUCGUCACGAUGACCAACUACGAUGAGGCGGUUGUGGCGAUUCAAUCGCUCAACGGUUAUACCCUCGGAAAUCGCGUUCUGCAGGUCAGCUUCAAAACCAAUAAGUCCAAGAACGCGUAAAAAGCCGGUCGAAGAAUGGGAACAGAUCCUACCCGCUAUUGAUCUGAGCGAAGCAGAAGUGACCGCUUUGGGUUCAUUAUUUUAUCGUUAUCCAAAAUAUGGAAUGUUAACUGUCUACCCCAGCUCCAGAAACUAAAUCAACCGAACGAACAUGUCAGUAUUCGAUCACGAAAUGAGAAAUAGGGUAAAAGGACCCAUUUUCCCAAGAGGACAAAAAAGGGAGAGCAAGAACGCGAACGAAAGAGUAAUUAAAUCAAGUAUAUAUCCUCAGAAAAAAAGCGAACAGAAGGAAUGAUUGUGACUAAAACUGUGGCCAACGAAUGUACGAUUGCAGUCAGACUGCGAUUGAAUUACAGAUAUAAUUCCAAGAUUUUUUAAUCAAACAAGUUAAACACGGUAAGGGUUCUCGCACGUGACAUCUACCGUCCGCGUGGGGGCGAUUAUUGUGCAGACAUUGGGGCAUUUUUGCUCCUUUCAGAGGCUCCAUUUUUUCAAAUCCAUUAGGACGACGUUUUCAUCUAGUAGAUUUUUAGAUAAAUUUAUCGGAACAAACCGGUAUGCAUGGAUAUCUAGGGCAGUUUUUUAUACACACAGUGUAGCGAAGCAGUAAUGAUUGACGAAAAGGAGCAAGCAGAGCGGAGAAAGAAGGCAAGCUUGCCCGAUAGUGCUAUUUUUCUUGCGUUAGUUUUUUAAUUAUUUGUUGGCUUUUGGUUAGGUUGGAUGUACGGCUUAUCAAUUACGGAACGUUCUUCCGGAUUAGUUUCGAUUAAGGUUGUUUCGUUUGAUUAAUUUGAGGAUUAUUUUUUAAGAUGUUUUACUGGGUUACCAUUAUCCAUUUUCUUUGUACUUGAUGCGUUCGUCUGCUAACCGCGUUUGAGUUGUAUUUGUAUUUGUUUAUGUUUCAAUAAUAAAAUAACAAGUUGUAAACACACCUGUGCCAGCUACGAGCGGAAAAUACACCUGAUUCAGUCUAAGUCAAUGAAUGACCAAAACAGUCUUCGCCGAACCAGAGUUAAUUCUAGUCCUUUUAAUUACGAACUUAUUACACUAUUAUAUUCAAUAACUCUUAUUUAUUAUAUUCGUAUGUGUCUUACUAUAUACUUUCACUGAGAAGUGUAGUGAAUGAGUUGUAGUUUAUAGUUUGCGUUAGUUUAUUUAUAUAUGUUUAAUAACUUUUUUCACGUUCAACACAGUCUCAACACUACUUUGUCAUAUUUAUUCGAUUAAGUUUAACUUUUGGUUGAUCUGUUGCUUUGAUUAUGUGCACUAUAUAUUGAAACGAAACCUUGAAGGAUUAAAAUACACUAUGCUGCAAAACAGUA